AUGGACGACCUGCUGUGCAACGGUAGAUGGUCCAAGGAGGUUCUCUCCGCAGGCGAUGCAGAGGGAAGAGUUCCUGAGACAGGCGAUCGCGUCACGCUGCACUACACAUGCCGCUUGGGCGAUUCUGACGGCGCACUUUUAGAUGACUCGAGAGGUAGAAACGAGCCGUUUUCCUUCACUCUCGGAGAAGGUGAGGUCAUACCAGCUUGGGAGCAAGCGCUUUGCUCCAUGAAGUGCGGGGAGUUCGCCGCACUUACGGUCCACCCCGAGAUGGCCUUUGGGAAUGCCCCCGUCGCAGGAGGUGCCAACCUGGUUGAGAGCAAGCGAGUCCUCUACUUUGAGCUGGAGCUUCUUGACGCAGUGCCCUCUGCAGAGGCUGAGGUGUGCCGAGAGGAUCUGUCGGCAGAGGAGAGGCUGGUGCAGGCCACCAAAGCUAAGGAGGAGGGCAACACCUACUUCAAGGCUGGCACUUUGGAGCAGGCGGCACGCUCUUACCUGCUGGCACUGGAGCUCCUGGGCUUCGAGGCAGAUGCAGAUCCGCGAGCUGAAGAAGGUGUCUGGUCGGACGCUAUUCGAAGCGAAUCGAGAAAGACGCUGGCGCUGGCUUGCCAACUGAACCUUUCGCAGUGCAUGCUGAAGCUGGAAGAUCAUCAAGCUGCGAGGUAUCAUGCCGAAGCAGCGCUUCUUCUGCACCCAAAGAACUCCAAGGCUGUUGCCAAGCGACAGAGUCAAGCAUAG